AUGAUGGACAAUGCAUCCAUAAUGACGAACUCUGCCCGCACUGUGUUUCCCCAAGGGCCCAGCUUCAGUCUCGAUGACUUCUCCAGUCGGGAUUUCAUUGUGAAGGAAUUCAUUGAAGCCCUCUCCGACACUGCCAUCUCCAACCGUCGCUCCGCAGCCGCAAACACCGGCGCCUCAAACCAACCAUUCGACCCUAAACCCCUCAUCCGCACCUUCGAAGCCGCCCAACGCCGCCUGAGCGAGCUCUCCGGAGACUUGGAGCUUCGCGAGAAUGAGCUUUCCGCAGCGGUGCGACGCGCCGAAGCGCAACACGGGCAAAACCUCGCCACACUCGGUCAAAAGCUCCGUCAUACGAUUGAAAACUUCCAACAGCUUGACACGUCGCUGAAUGGACCCGGCCGCGAGAAUCCAGGAGGGACAGGGAAUAUGGCCGUGGAGACAGGAAAGCGUUUAGAAGAAUUGGACAGACAACGACGCCGGGCUUUGGAUGCCCAUUUCCUCAUCCAGUGCUGGGACGGGGUGUGCAAUCGGGGCGAGAUCUCACUACUGGAGGGGCUGCGUCGGUCUGGCACGGGGGAAGCCAAGGUGCGCUCUGCUCAUAUUGCGCGCCAGCUGCUGCGCAUCAGUCAGCGGCUGGAUCCUCAGAGCUGGCAGGAACAUCGCUCUCAUUCAAAUGCUGGUUUCGGAGAAAGCGCCUCGUCUGAAGAUCUCAGCGAGAACAAUGCGCCGCGGCGGAAUACACGGGAGAUCAUUGAGAAGUUCUCUGAGACUCUGGAAAAGGAUCUGCUGAAGCAAUUUGAUGACUUCUACCGGAAAGCCAACUUCGACGGCAUGAGAGACUGCGCGACUGUGUUGCAGGAUUUCAAUGGCGGUGCCAGUGUCAUUGCGUUGUUCGUCAACCAGCAUCAGUUCUUCAUCGAUCAUAGCCAGCUGGUGACGGAAGAAGUCGGAGGUGAUCCAGAGUCGUGGGAGAGGCUGGCCGAUCCGGACGCUGAGCUUCCGGGUGUUGAGUCUAGUCUUCAAUCGUUAAUCGACGAGGUCAAGGUGGUGGUUCAAGAAGAGUCUGCUAUUAUUCGAAGGGCCUUCCCUUACUAUGACCAAGUCUUAGGGAAGUUCCUACAGCGAGUCUUCCAACAAUCUAUCCAGCAGCGGUUAGAAAUGGUACUCGAGAAAGCGGCUGGUGUUUCGUCUCUGGCAUUCUUGCGUUGUCUACAAAGCUCGCGCGGCUACAUCAGUGCUUUGAUCGAAGAUUUAAAAUCGCAUGGGUUAACCGAGCACCCCGAGCCUGUGUCCUCACAGACAGCCGUGUUGCUAGAUCAGCAGCUAGAGGACCUCUUUGUCCCUUACUUCGUGGGGUCGUCUUACAUCGAACGCGAGAAGCGAACGCUAGAAGAACUUUUCAACGCGGUUCUGUUUAGGUUCACUUCCUUCCAUGCCCGCCGCAAGAAGGCGGCGACAACUUUCAUGGCUUCACUAUCCCGAGCCGGAUCAGAAUUACUUUCGACUACCCGAGAUGCAUUUAUCAACCGGCUAGACUCACCAGAGGUCUCGCCCUUCCAACGCAAAGUCCUACUAAACGUAGCGAAGAUAGGGAAUAUCCAGGAGACUACGCGAUUGACCGAAAUCAGGCUCACAGAUGAAGAUGGGCAACCAAAUCUCAGCGACGCCAAGCGGAUGCUAAAGUGGCUGGCUGAAGCCGUGGGCCGCGGGCUAGAGCUCAGUGUCAACAGCGAUACUCCCAAGGACGUAUCGGCCUUGCUCAAUCUGCUUCUGCUCACAAUGGGGGAGGGAUACGUCGAUGUCUGUCUGGAUGCUGCUCUGGAAGCGGCUACGUCGCAGGAAUCCGGCAAGGCCGAGCCUGAUUUCUCCUACCUUUUCACGACUCGGACUACGAUCAGUAUCACCACUCUCAUGGUAAUGUGUAUCCAUGCGGUCCUACUGCCUCUCUCGACGGCGAGCAUCACUACUCGACGGGAUAUGGAGAAGCGCACAACCCAGGCGACGUCGCGCAUUGAGGACAAAGUCAACAAUAUUGAGCAGAAGACUAUCGACGCCACGCUCGCCUGGGUCAGCCGGUUGCUAUCUGGUCAAAAGAAGAAUGACUUCCGGCCGAGAGAGAGUGAGAACACUGCUUGGCUGGAGAUGCUUCAAACUCCGACUUGCGCUUCAAUUACCUCAUUCCUCACCCGUCUUCACAACGUCGCCCGAACAUCCCUUCCCUCCAGCGGCGCCAAUGUGCGUCAAGUGCUCACUGAGAUAGCACUCGGAGUCCGCGGUCUGCUACUCGAGCACUUCAAACGGUUCUCCGUCAGCGGUCCGGGGGGGUUGAUGGUUACCAAAGACAUGACGCAAUAUGCGGACCUCUUCAAGUCUUGGGACAUUGACGAGGAGACGAAGGGCCCCGGUGGCGCGCUGGACGUGCUUCUGGAAGUGGGCAGUCUCUUCGUGAUUGGCGUGGAGGCUCUGCGCGAACGAAUCCGUGGCGGUGCAGCCAGCGGGACAACUGGUGGGGCUGGACGCAAUGCUAGCCAGGAGGGCAAGUUGAGCGUGCAGGAGGUGCGGGCUUAUGUCUCGCGCCGCGAGGAUUCGAACACUUUUGCCAUGCAGCAGGUUCUUAACGCCCUGUGA